UUAAUAUUGUUGUAAUUCCUAUAUUUAGUUUUUAAAAAUGUCGCUUCAUAUGGGAUUUACGAAAAAGCUAGAACUUAGAACUGAGAAGGUCAAAUCGGUCGACCUUCACCCAUCCGAGCCAUGGGUGGCCUCAGCAAUGUAUAACGGCUCCCUUACAAUUUACAAUUAUAAUACUCAGGCCUUGGUUAAGAAGAUAGAAAUGUCAGAUGCGCCUCUGAGGUGUUGUAAGUUUGUUCCUAGGAAGCAGUGGAUCGUUGCUGCAGGUGAUAAGAUGUGUAUUUGGGUUUAUAACUACAAUUCACUCGAGAAGGUCAACGUGGUAGAGGGUCAUAAGGACUAUGUACGAUAUUUGGAUUUACAUUCGACAUUGCCUUACGUAAUCAGCUGUUCGGACGAUAUGACUGCCGUUUUAUGGGACAUAGAUAAGGGAUGGGAGAAACUUGCAGUUUUUGAAGGGCACUCACACUAUGUAAUGAUGGCAAAAUGGAGCCCAAAGGACCCUAACAUCUUUGCAACAUGCUCCCUUGAUAAGACUAUUUCAUUCUGGAGAGUUACGCUCACCUCUACAAACCAAACUCUGCCUCCUAACCCUUCAAACACUGCUAACACUUCUGCAGCACCUGUUACCAGUAGCGCUAACACCGUUGUUAGUAAUGUGAGCUCUGGAAAGUCUAAAAGUUCAAAGGGAAAAGGUGGAAAUAAGCCUUACUUUACCCUCACAGGGCACGAACGUGGAGUUAACUGCAUUGACUUUUGCUCAAAUUUGUCGUUCCCUUACAUCAUCUCCGGCUCUGACGACUGUACCAUAAGGGUUUGGGACUACCAAACCAAGCUUUGUCUACAGGUGUUAAAAAAACACUUUAAGCCUGUUUCCUGUGUAGUAUAUCACCCCCGGCUUCCCAUCAUCCUAUCCACAGGUGAGGACGGAGAUUUCAACGUGUGGAACUCAAACCUUUACAAGAUUAAAAGGUCAGUAAAUUAUGGUUACGGGCAGCUUUGGCACGUGGCAAGUAACACUACAGAUACUGCACUGGCCAGUGAUUCGGGUGUUUGUGUUCUUGAACUCGCAGGCGGGAAGCCACUGGCCUCAAUGUACUCUAACAAACUCGUGAUGGUCAAAUCCUCUGACAUUCUCACAUGUAACCUAACCUCCUCAGUCACUGAUCUCUCAAACCAUGACCCGUCACACUCUUUAAACUUAUCGUUCAGAAAUAUCGGUUCAUCAGAGUUUUUUCCACAGGAAGUUUCACAUCACCCGAACGGCCGUUUUAUUUGUUUAUGCGGUGAUUCAGAAUAUAUCAUCUACACUUCUCAAGGCAUGAAGAGUAAAACGUUUGGAAAGGCGUCACAAUUUGUAUGGUCAUUUGAAGGUGAUUAUGCAACGUAUGACGGAUUUGAAGUUAGCGUGUUUUCGGAGUUCACACUUAGAGAGAAGCUUGACUUACAGCAAGUACAGGUACAGAAAUUACAUGGAGGAAGGUUACUUGGAGUGUCAACUGAUGUUGAUAUUCUGUUUUACACAUGGCCACCAUGCAUGCCAGUGAAGCGUUUUUCACUACAAGUCGAUGAUAUUUACUGGCACCCUUCCUCUAAUAGACUAGCACUUGCAUCGCAACUGGCAACUUACAUAUUAUCCUAUAACCUUGACGCCCCAAGUAGUAACCGAUCAAGCAAGUUUGGAGGAACUUACGGCGAGGAUUUGAACGAGAACGAGACUGAAGAAUUUGAAGAGGAAAACUUUCAAUUUGAGAAGGAGUUGGUAGAAAGAAUAACAAGUGCAGUGUGGGUUAACGACACCUUUUUGUUCGUUACUUCAAACUCACACUUGUCUAUGUAUUUGGCUGGGAAUACCGAGACCCUUGUGUACCUUGACAAGCAUCUCCACUUGGUAGGGUAUUUGCCUGAAACUCAGCUUGUAUAUUUAUGCGAUGAUUCAGUAUACGGGUAUCACCUGCCCUUUUCUUACCUCCAGUUCCACUCAAAGCUCUACCACUACACGCAGGUGUUAAACUCAGUUUCAAAAGAUGAGCACUCUGAGUUCGAGGACGAGGAACUCUCAAUCGCAAAAAACGAACUCAAACAGUCUUUGGCAAAGGUUGACGAGAAAAUGAGAGAGAAUGCAAGCAGGUUCCUUCAGCUCUUCGGAGAGUACGAACUCGGGCUUUUAUGCACUGAUAACCCAGACCUCAAAUUUGAACUCCACCUCAAACUCGGAAACGUUAACCAGUGCCUUAAACUCUUAUUAUCAGAAUCACUCAACCUCACCCAAUCACCUGAUCACACAGUUAAUCACCAAAAUGCUGAUUUGGGCACUGUUGACCUUGAAAACGUUGAUAUGGAUACAGUUAGUAUGGAUAAUGUCAAUGUUGAUGUAAUAAUGGGCUUGGAUGAUAUGUUGAAGAGGAAAUGGAAGAGACUUGGAGAUUACUGUCUUAAAAGUUCCCAGAUUAAGGUUGCUAAAUUGUCAUACCAAUACUCGAAUAACAUGCAAAACUUACUCGUUUUACAUACCCUUACAGGCGAUCUUGAGGGAGUAAGAUACGUGGCACAAACUGCGUUAUUAUCAAAGUUGCACAAUGUAGCAUUUACGGCCUUUUAUAUGCUAAACGAUAUCGACUCUUGUAUUCAAAUAUUGCAUAUGGUUAAUCGACAUGCUGAAGCUACAUUUAUGGCAAGAACAUAUAGACCGCAUUUACUAAAAAGCUCAUUUAAUAAAUGGAGUGACAAUUUAAAAAAUAAGAAUGUGCAAUUGAUGGAACCGUUGGUGGAUAAUGAUGAGAAGGUGGAUUUGAGUGACUUUAAGUUCGAGUUCCCGGAUGCCUCGCAGUAUUUAAAGUAUAAAGACGCCCUUUUCUCAGACUUUGCAAAGCAAAAUGAACAAAAGAACGACACACUUGACUUGUAAUUUUAUUAAAAUGAUUAAUUUCAUAAUAAUGUA